GGCUUUGCGUGCUCGCUUGGGCAUAAUAUCGACUCGCUUCGGGCGGUGGAAGGCACGGACGUUGGAAUCUGUGUGCCCGUUAUGUGCCCUUGGAACUGGCUACUGCUGUCGAAGAUUUGGUGCAGAAGCUGGUGCGUCGAAGAGCCCAAACAAACCGCCUUGAAGCCAAAGGACUCUCCCACUUACUAUCGGAAGCUGGCAGACGGACCGAAGUGGUUGGAGGUGAGAUGGAAGAGAUCUGGGACCAGGAACGAGUCCUUGCCGCAGUUUGGUUUCCCACCGUCUGGGGGCAGGUGCGCACGCUCUUUCCUCGAGCUGGCCACACCGCCCGCACAGCUCCAGACACUUCGAUCCAUCGAAAUGAGAUGAACGUACCAGGUACCUUGGUGCUAGAAUAUUCGUCUACCUCUUUAUAUCUUAUGGCUUGUUCAAGUUGUUGUGUCAGGCUGGUAUCGGCGACUGGCUCUGGAGUUCCAAUACAGGCAACAGGGCCUCGUUGUUUUUGUGAGGUCGCGGCGUGUGAGUUGUCAGGAACAGGUUGUUUAUAUGCACUCUCGGGUCUUUUGGCAGAAUCGUCCCAAGUUGGGGGUGACCACAAACCAGCACGCACGCCAGACUUUCUCAGAUCAUUACUCUCGAUCACCAC